GGCACAAUCAGUACUCAUCACCGACAUCAUGAGCUUGUUUGUCGUGCUGCUAACGCUGCUGCUUGCCAGUGUGGUGGCGGGUGCGUCCUACUGCGGAGUCGGCAGUGUGGCCGUCCCGAAGGAUACCGAAACGUUUGAGUGUUUAAGCGUGAAAGAGUUACAGCACCUGCAGGAACUGGAACGAGACAAACGGUUCGAUGCGGAAGCUGCCACCCGGUUUAUGCUGUGGACACAACGCACAACCAAUCCCGAAGGAAAUCCCGAAGAGCUGAUCUUUAACAAUCUGACCGCGCUGCGGAACUCUUCCUUUGAUCCGCGAAAUCCUACCCGCAUUCUCAUCCACGGAUGGCUUAACGAUUGGACCUCGCAGGUGAUACGUGGACUGUCCAGAGCGUACGUAGCGAAAGGUGCGUACAAUGUUAUCGGCAUCGAUUGGUCAGCCGGUGCGAUGAACAUCCUCUAUCCGGUGGCACAGAAGCGCGUCGGUGCGGUGGCGGAUGCGAUAGCGAAACAGAUAGCCCUACUGCUACAGGCUGGCCAGCAUCCGUCUCAGAUAGUGCUCGUGGGGCACAGCCUGGGGGCACACGUCGCCGGGCUUACGGGGAAACAUUUUCAAACCGAACCCAAGCUGGCGGCUAUUUUUGCCCUCGAUCCGGCUGGACCCCUCUUCUCGGAAAACAAUCCGGCGGCACGUGUCGAUGCGCUCGAUGCGGUGUACGUCGAGGUAAUACACACCAGCGUAAUGCUUGGAUAUAUGCACGCGCUAGGCCAGGCCGACUUCUAUCCGAACGGUGGAAAAUCUCAACCCGGCUGUAUAUUGAAUGCUUGCAACCAUCACAAAGCGGUGGAGUACUUCCAGCGCUCGUUGACCGGCAGCGGACCGAUGUACGUAGGGAAGCGCUGUGAAGCGGACGCGAUCAGUGAUAAGUGUGACGGAGCCCAAGCGGUCAUGGGCGGCGAUCUGAGCGAUAUCUACAAAACGAAGAUGAGCGGCCAGUUUUAUCUCACGAUCGGUGAAUAAAUGACAGAUGACGAUGAUGAUUAUUAGUGGGACGGCACUCUGGGUGCGGGUGGGCCAGCUAUCGUACCCCGAUUAGCAUUUAUGUCAAACAAACGCGGGUUUACAACCAUUUUCUUACCAACUA